AUGUCUGAGCAGAAUUUCCACUUUGAGACUCUUCAGCUUCAUGCUGGUCAUGAGCCUGAUGCAGCGACCAACUCCCGUGCCGUACCCAUCUAUGCGACCACUUCCUACACCUUCAAUGAUUCUGCCCACGGAGCAAGGCUUUUUGGUCUCAAGGAAUUCGGAAAUAUCUACAGCCGAAUCAUGAACCCUACUGUAGAUGUUUUUGAAAAGCGUAUUGCUGCCUUGGAGGGUGGAAUUGCUGCCGUCGCAGCUUCAUCAGGCCAAGCGGCCCAAUUCAUGGCCAUUUCUGCCCUCGCCCAUGCCGGUGACAACAUCGUCGCCACCAGCAAUCUAUACGGAGGUACCUACAACCAAUUCAAAGUACUUUUCCCGCGUCUGGGCAUAACCACCAAGUUUGUCAAGGGCGAUGACCCGGCCGAUAUCGCCGCUGCCAUUGAUGAUCGUACCAAGGCUGUCUUUCUGGAAACCAUCGGUAACCCUCGGUACAAUGUGCCCGAUUUUGAGGCCAUUGCCAAAGUAGCCCAUGACCGGGGUAUCCCUUUAGUGGUUGACAACACGUUCGGAGCUGGCGGUUACUUCGUUCGUCCAAUCGACCACGGCGCCGAUAUCGUUGUGCACAGUGCCACCAAAUGGAUCGGUGGCCACGGGACUACCAUCGGAGGUAUCGUCGUGGACAGUGGCAAGUUCGAUUGGGGUAAGAACAGUGCUCGCUUCCCACAAUUCGUGGAGCCCUCGGAAAGCUAUCAUGGCUUGAAGUUCUGGGAGACCUUUGGCCCCGCCGCCUACGCUAUCCGCGUUCGAGUGGAGAUCUUGCGUGAUCUGGGCUCGGCUUUGAAUCCAUUUGCAGCACAGCAACUGAUCUUGGGGAUUGAGACUUUGAGUCUGCGCUCAGAGAGACAUGCCACAAAUGCCCUUGCUCUAGCUAAAUGGCUGCAGCAGAAUGAGCAUGUGAGCUGGGUCUCAUAUCCGGGCUUGGAGGAUCAUCCUUCUCAUGCUUUGGCAAAGAAGUACCUCCCACGUGGCUUUGGUGGUGUUCUGUCAGUGGGAAUCAAAGGUGGUGCAGCUGCUGGUAGCCAGGUGGUUGAUGGCUUCAAGCUGAUUUCAAACCUUGCUAAUGUCGGGGACUCCAAGACCCUAGCUAUUCACCCUUGGUCUACCACUCACGAGCAGCUGACGGAGCAGGAACGCCGUGACUCGGGUGUGACGGAAGAUGGAAUCCGAAUUUCCGUCGGCACGGAACACAUUGACGAUAUCAUUGCCGAUUUCGAACAGUCCUUCCGCGCAUCCAAGGCUGCGCUGCCGAGUCGCACGGCUUGA